GCGAGAUCGGUUCAGUUCGAUUCGAGUCGAUACGAUGCCACAGUCGAGUUUCUUUGCCAAGAGCGUUCCCUUUGACCAGAUCGAUAAGUUAGCCAUUACCGGUGGCUACUCCUCGAUUUAUGCCGCCCAACAGCCGAAUCUUACAGUCGUUGGGAAUUGGGAGCAACGUUUCUGUCGCCUGGCCGAUACCUUUCAGCCGGUGCUGGAUCGGGUUUACAAUUUUGAGGUGCGUGAGGACGAUGUGUGGAUUGUUACCUUGCCAAAAUGUGGCACAACUUGGAUGCAGGAGUUAGCCUGGCUGCUGAUAAAUGACUGUGACUUUAAAACGGCCAAAGAGGUGGAUCUUACAUUGCGUUCGCCUUUCCUCGAGUUCAACGGCGUCGUCCAAAAUGUGCCCCAUGACACCAUUGAAGCGGCCGAUGCCUUGAGCUCCCCACGUCUGAUCAAAUCGCAUUUGCCCGCCUGGCUGCUCCCACAUCAGAUCUGGAGCAAGAAACCCAAAAUCAUCUAUGUCUAUCGCAAUCCCAAGGACGCAGCCAUAUCGUAUUUCCAUCACUGGCGCGGCAUGGUUGGCUAUCAGGGUACCAAGGCGGACUUCAUGCACUCCUUUAUCGAUGGUUAUGUGAACUUUACGCCCUGUUGGCCCCACAUCCUGGACUUUUGGCAAUUGCGGCACGAGGCCCACGUCUUCUUCACUAGCUAUGAGCAGAUGAAGGAAAAUUUGGGUGAGGUUAUCACAGAGGUGGCCAGAUUCCUGAAACGCAACAUCAGUCCCAGGCAAGUGCAACAUCUGACAGAGCAUUUGUCGUUCGAGAGUAUGCGCGACAAUCCUGCCUGCAACCAUGUCAAGGAAUUCGAGAGCAUGAAGGCGGCUACUGGCCGUGAGGUCGAGGAAUUUAGGUUUGUUCGUCGCGGCGUUGUGGGCAGUCACAAGGAUGAGCUCACCGCCGACUUAAUCGGCGAGUUCGAUUUAUGGUCGGACGUCAAUUUGAGGGACUACAAAUUGCAUAUAGAUGACUUUGCCAAUUACAGCAAAUACAAUAGCAAGUAAUUUUUAAAUUGUUUUUUUGCUGUUUUAAUGUUAUUGUUGAACCAAGUAGCAGUAAGCCCAUAGUGAUAUAUGUAUGUAUGUAUAUUUAAAUACUUAAUAAAUAAAUAAAGA